CCUCACCUACAGCUAUACAGACAUGUCGGUGAAUAGCUGCAGACCCACUGCAUAGGUGGGUUGUGUCUUCCUCAACAAAUAAGUGAACCAUGAAGUGGACCAACUACAAAAUCCACCAGGAGGAUCUAUACCAUGAAACUGACAUACUUCAGGGCCUUUGAACAAGCUCUCUGAAAGAGUUCAUUCUAUUUUCAAGGUAUCCUGAGUUCCAGCACAGAUCGAGCCAAUGACAGCUUGAAUGAACUGAGAGAUGCUUUCGACACGCCAUCAGGCUUGCCAACUGGAUCCAGAGCUAAGGAUGACCUAACACGAGCUGUUCAUCCACGCAUUUUGACCUAUGAAGAUGGAGGACAGAGGCCACAGAAGUAUCGAGAUGCUGCACAGCAGCUCCAACAGAUGCUGGCACCACAGUCUGAAAGGGUGCCUGAUGCCCCAGACACCUCACCUGCGCCUCCUCGGGGACCUCUCCCAACACCAGAGGAGGCAGCCAUAAUGCUCCAGCACCAGGCUUCACUCACCCACCACCUGGAGUCAGAGAAUCGCUACAUCAGGGAAGAGAUGGCAAUCUUGCGCCUGAAGCUGGGGGAGCUGCUUGAUGAGAACAAGCACCUUCACAAUGAGCUAAAGACGACGGUGGUGCAUGAGAUACUCCGAGAAGGAGGUGCAGAUCUUGCCCAGUACAUGGGCAACCUGGACUCUGCGCUGAAGGACUCAGUGGGUCCAGGGAUGGCGAGACAAGACUACAGGCGCUGGCAGGUGGAGCUGGAGAGGCUGAGUUCUCUCCAUGCCAACAAGUCGGAGCGCCUGGAAUCCCAGUUGGCACAUGCAAGGUCAGAGCUGGAGAAGUAUGAGCAGAUGGUGGAGGAUCUGAGGUCUCAGCUGCGGAUACAUGACUCCAUCCCGACACACGAGAAUGGACUGUCGACCACCAUGUUCCUGUCUGACACACACCGCAACUUCCACCAGCAGACCAUCGACAGGCUCACCAAGGAGCGUGAUGAGCUGAUGGACCACGUGGCCAGCCUGAAGGGCCGACUGUUGGACAUGACUCGACGUGAGGAAGACUCCUACGUCCAGAUGAAGAAGGGCAUCGAGCUGGUGGAGCAGGCUCAACUAGAGCAAACUCAGGCGAUGGUGGAGCGGGAGCAGUUGGCGGAGGAGCUGGCCAACAUGAGGCAGAGGUUCGAGGAGCAUGUGAUGGACUCGCAGCGCAAGAUGGAGAUGGAGAGGGACUCGGUCCGGAAGGAGUCACGCUUCCUGGUGGAUGACCUCAACAACAAGCUGAAAGAGGCGACAGAGAAGCUUACAGUCAUCGAGACACAGCUGGAGAAGGUCACCCGUGACAAGAUGUCCAUCAUGAACGAGCUCGACGAGACAAAGGCGGAACUGAGGGUGUACAACAAGGAGGUCACUGUGGCAACAGAGAACUACCGCAGUGAGACGACGAAUGCCUCGCUCCAGAGAAGCAGUGCUGUACAGGAAUCCCAUAAGCUGAGACUGGAACUGGACAGCUUCCGACGAGACAGGGACCAGGAGCGUAGUCGGAGCCAGACCGAGGUGGACGACCUGAGACGGAGGCUGAACACUGCGGAGCGGGAACUGGUCAACAGCAAGGAGGAAUGUAUCCAUCUCACAACAAAUGCACAGGCCUUGGAAAGGGAGCUUCAUCUUGCCAAACUUGCCCGUGAGAGUAUUGAGAGGACUCGAAAUGAGGACCUCAAGUCUAUCACCAAACAGGCUCAGCAGAGGGAGAUUGACCUCAACAAUUUCAUCUCCAACCUGGAAGACAAGCAUUCCAUGACAACACAUGAAAUGGACACGAUGCUGCAUAAACAAAACCGUCUCAUCAUGAAGCUGAGAGAUGAGUGUAAGAGGCAGGCUGGGCAGAUGGAGAAACUCACCAAGAAAUACAGAUCUGAGUUUAGCCACCUGAAGAUUGAGAAUGAAGAGUUGAAACAGAGGCUGGAGAGAUCUGUGUCACGGCUGGAGGUGCUAGAUGACCAAUCAGAUCAACACGUACGUGUACACGACAAGAUGAAGGAGAGGCUGAAGAUGAUGGACAACCAUGCUCAACACCAGUCUGCCCAGAUGUUGGAAAUCCUCACAAAACUCAGCAGUGUCGUUCGAGAUCGUCAGUUACUGGCACGUGAAGUGGACUUCCUGCGUACACAGCUGAGUAGAAUUGACCAAUCAACCGUCCACAAACUGAGCUCAUCAAGCAAGGCGCUAGUUGAUGAGAUCCUCAACGCUGUCAUGAAGGAAGAAAAGACAGGAAAGGGAUAUCUGAAUUUGGAUCCAGAAAUAUAUAAAGUAGAACUUACCAACAAUAUAGACAUUGAUGAUCUAAUUUAGUUGAAAGGUACAGAAACUUGAUGGAAAAGUUAAAGUCAAUAUCUGAACAGGAAGACUGGCCUGAUGGUUUCCUUUCUAGACAGCGCUUCUCGAACAUUGAGCCGACAACCAUGAUAGAUUUAACUGGAAUACUGUUUCAAGCAGUACUGAUACGCAGCUCUCUCGCUCACUUUUAAGACAGAAUAUUGGCAAAUUAUAUUAGAAAAUGUUUGCCUGUGCUUGUCUCAUGAGUAGAGCUGGAAUUAUAUUAUCAAUUAAGAUUGACAUGAAGAAAAUGCUUUUCCAUGUUAUGUCGGUUUCUCCGCAUAGACUUCGCUCUAUGGAUGGUUCUAAUAUAGAAUGUUUGAUGUUAAGCACUGUAAGUGAAGGUGUGCAUUUUACCUAUCCUACUGUGAUACUGUCUAUCAUGUAGU